AUGGGGAUUACAGGCAGUAAGUUGAGCCAGAUUAUUGGAGUGAACAAGAGACUGAGAUCGAGCACUCCAGUUAUGACUCCUAGAGGUUAUGUGCCUGUUUGUGUCGGAGUCGAUGGCGAUUUUCGGCGGUUCAUAGUCCAUACCAAAUUGCUUGGACAUCAAGAAUUUAUGGAGCUGCUGUAUAGAUCAGCUGAGGAAUAUGGUUUCUGCAAUGAUGGGGUUUUAAGGAUCCCAUAUGAAGCUAAGGAUUUUGAGGAGUACUGGAUGAUCAAAAAGUCCAAACCAAAGGUUUUCAAGGUUGGCUUGUGA